AUGAAUUCAGAGGGUAUUGCAUUUGGAACAUCUGGUUUCGAAGAUCAGUCUGUACAAGCAGGAAAUACUACCAGAAUUACUGUAGCUCUUAAUCACCUAAUCAAAAACGUUAAAUACAAAGUAUAUGGCAAUUGGGUAUGUCGAGAAUGGAAUUGUCAACACAAGCCACAAUGCCGGGACAAAUGGGCAUGUCAAAGAGAAUGGGAAUAUCGAAACAAAGUGCAAUGUAAACACAAACCCAAGUGUCGAAGUGGAGAUGAAUGUCGAUACAACCGGUGUAUAUGUCCAGACUCUUGGUGGCGACCUCGACAUGCAGAGUAUUGUCAAGAGGCAUGGGUAACUCAAAACAACUGGAAUUGUAAACAUGUGAAAAAAUGUAAUGAUCGACCGAAUUGCCAGCACGAGACAAAAUCCAAAGAUGAUGAAUGGGUUUGUCAACACGAGAUAAAAAAAAACUCGCUUAGUCGAUACAAAUGUGAAAGUGAAUGGAGUGCUCAAUAUACUCGAGAGGAGUUAAUCGAAUGUCUAAAAAAAACACCAGAAGAACAGAUUGAUUUUUUCAAGCAGCCUUGCAAGAAAUGUAAAAAUGAGAGUUCAAUUUCUAGUUUCCUUCUGUAUAAGCACCAGCCAGAAAGUUUAAAUGAAAAACCUGACCUUGAGAUCGUCUGUCAUCUAGUAUGGAACAAUUUUUACAGAGUUUUCGGCGAUUGGAAAUGCAAUAAUUGCAAAGCAUCUUGGGAAAGUGCUUAUACUUGGAUAUCGCUUCAAAAGUUUAUAGAAAAAACUCGAGGAGGUGAUUUGAUAAAAGAGGAUUUUUAUGUGGUGGAAUCGUGCAAAGAAAAACCCUGCAAGAGAUCAGAAUCAACCAGCAUUUUAAAAGAAUUCAAACCUCUAACACAAUCAAAGAGUAAAAAGCUUCCUCAUAGACGGGAUUUAUGUCAAAAAUGUCUGCAUUAUGAGAAUUGUACCCAAACUGGUGUCUAUUUUGGUUAUCAAAAUUCUCAGAAGAAAUAA